CGCGGGUGUUCUGAGAGUUGUGUGACCUUGCGAUGGCUGAAUGUUGCAAGCACAAUUGUGUUACACUGGUUUUAAAGUGAUACUAAUUGCUAAUUAGUAUACGUUGCUUGUAUCAAGUGACUUCAUACUCCCAGGUUACCCAUAGACACAUAAGUGUUGGGAGGUACCUUCAUUAAAGUUGAAGUUAAUAAAUGGCUCAUAAAAAAUGUAUGCCAUUGAUAACUACCUAUAAAUCGGAUGAUUCAUCUUUGGACGAUGAUGACACGUCAAAUAGUUAUGCAACAAACAGAUCAAAUGAUGCCAUUGAUGAAGAUGACCAACCGUUGUCUCGUUUGCGUUCUUUACAAUCGUCACAAAGUGAUAUACCUAAUAAUGUGACAACUACACAAUCGUUCAUAAACGCCUCUUUUAAUCCAGUAUUAACACAAUCUAACUCACCUGAAUACUCAAUCCUGCCGAAUGUAUCCGAUUCAGAAGAUGAUUCUGCCUCUUUUUCAUCUGGUUCCGAUGAAGAAUUCAAGGAACUAGUGGAUGAAUUCUCGUCACUACCUGUAACAGAACUUCUAAAAUCUAAGAGGUUUGCAAUGAUAUAUAGUGAGAAAAAGCGUCAAAAAUGCAAAUCAGGUAAAAUGAACACAGGUUAUUCACAGUUCUUUCAAGAAAUUCAAUCCAGUCUAAAGUCCGAAUAUCCUAUGUCAGGUUUUCAUGAUAUCUGCCGACUAGUUGAUGAACGAUGGAGUCAAUUAACAAAAAGUGAGAAAAAGGAAUAUAAAAGGCGUGCCAUAUUGGCAAUUCGAUCACAGCAGAUGUCCUCUUUUUCAGAAUAUCGAUCCAAACUCCUUAAUCUAGUUAGUGAAGACAAUAAGCUAUGCUGUAAUCCUACUUGUCGAAAUCCAGUUAUCUACGACCCACGUUGGAAUGGUCAGUACUGUUCAACGAAAUGCGUUGGUGAACACUGUCAACUAGCAUUUAUUGAUUGGUGUAAAAAUAAACGAUGUAGUAAAAAACUGAUUUCUUUAUCGAAACUACCAAUUAUUCUGCCCACUAUGGAUUCUGAUUUGGAUUUUAAGCCUAAAGUUUUAUCUGAUCCCUUACAUACCUCUGAAAACAUUCCAAUCCCAUCAUGCAAUGGACUAGACGUAACUGCUUCAAAAUCCUCUUUUAAUGAUGAUAAUAUUAUUACUCUCAGUAACUGUAACACUACUACUAUCAGUCAUAAUGAUAUUAGUAGUAUGAGUGAUUCAUCCGAUUGUCUUUCAGUUAGUUUAAAAAGAAAGCCUUUAUUUGAAUCAUUACGAGCUGCACAAUUCGGUGAUAAGUCAUUCAUAGUUAAAGCUAACUCGAUCUCACCAGCACAGACUUCACCAUCGUCUACUGCUGGUGCAACAACAAAUAUUACCUUGACUUUGUGAUAAAAUAAAGUGUGAGAAAAACGAACAACAACAAUGGAGAAAAGAAGCGGAUUGAAAUACUUUUAAUUUUUAAUCUCCCAUCUCAUACACAUAGAUUUUGUACAUUUAUUGUCUUUUAAAACUAGUUGAGUAAAAGCUUAAAAUGAUUGGUACAUUAUGUGAUCAAUCGGUUAAUUCCCCUCCCUCUCUCUGUCUUGCACACACACCGAAACAGAUACGUCUCACUAUUGUUGCAUUUGUGCUCCUAACAACCAAACAGAUUUGACGUUUUCUCGUCUUUUUCUUCAUAAAUUUGUUUACACACUUAAAUUUCGUUUGUAAUUUGUAAGCACAUUAAAAAAAGAAAAUAAUGAAGGACUAGUGGUCUUUUACA